AUGCACAUACAUACCACGGCCCAGUCGCUGAUUUCACACACCGACCCAUCCUCCUUCGUUCUAUCUCUUGGUGCAAACGAGCCGCACAGCGACUCCGCCAGCAGCCCUGUCCGCUGCGUCAGCCUGAGCUCCAGCUGGACACGCGCUACAAGGCCCGAUCCGGAAGCCCUGGACAGCCUGGGCGGCCUACCUAGCUACAACGCUGCUCCUGCUCUCCAAUACGCGCCGCACACCGCACAUCUGCGCUCCGGUCGUGGCGGACGCCUGCAUGACACCAUGGCGACCGCUCCGGCGAGUGUGAGGGUUUCUGGGCCUCCCAAUAGCGGCUUCCUCGUGGGCUAUCCCGGAAUCUCUGCGACGCUGCCCCGCGUCGAAGGCAAGGUCGAAAUUCGUCCUGGCCAGGGCUUCUCUAUGCCAGUUCCCGUUUCUCUCGUCCGAAUAUCAUUGCAGCGCCGCGAAACGAUCCAUCCCGAUGCUGAUAACCUUGCCAAGCGCCAUCUCGGCGCCGCUCGAAAGGAGUCGACCGACGUUGUCGGCAAAGAGGUGCUUCUCUUUCGCUGCUCUUCGGGCAAGGAGGCGGAAAACGUCGUGGCCAUGGAUCUCCCUUUUGUCCUCUUUAUUCCCUUUGGCAGAGGCGGCGAGGAAACAAAUCGCCGUAUACCGCCCGCCUCGCUGCAGCUCCCCAACAGGACAGCCGAGACCUACUACGAAAUCGUCGUCACCGUACAACAAGGCCACAGCAACCAGUUCAAAUACGCAUUCCCCAUGCCCUUGCAACGCUACGACACACUCUCGACAUUUGGCAUGUACAACAAGCCCGAAUCGAAACUCGUCACAUCGGAUAACCUCGUCCACCUGGGCAUCAGCCUACCAAAAUGGAGCUACGGGCCAGGCGACCCCAUUACCGUUUAUAUCAAGGUAUCCCCCAACCUAGACUGGAGGGCCAAGGCGAAAAAAGUCACAAUAGACAAAAUUACGCUAGUGGUUGAAGAAGAAAUCACUUUCAACCCAGAAGGAGACGAGCCGACCAAGAAGAUCAACAAGCUACCUAAUAAGCAGGUUCAGGUCGUCAAGGCAAAGAUGCCCGAGGCCGGCUAUGCCACAAAUAUCGGCCUCUGUUUCCCGUCCAAGGACUUGCGUGACUCCGACGGAAUCAUCAAGAGAGGAAAGCCGGCCUUUCCCCAAUAUGAGCUUUCCACCUUUACAACACAAUCGUCACUCUAUAAGAUUGAAUUUUUCCUCAAUAUCAAGGUUCAAUUGAGCGGUGCGCGCGACAUUGCCAUUCGACAGCCCAUUGUCAUUUGCCCCUUGGACCAGUCAGGUUGCAAAGAGGAAAUGGACGCGAUUGAGCAGGCGGCCAAGGACGCUUCCCACGUCGACCCCAGCAACCCUAUGCUCCCAGCACGCACCAUUAUUCUGGCCAGUGAUCGCGACUCGAUCCGUGCACUUGGCCUCUGCACCGUUGGCGGACAAAAGAAGCCGUUUAUCGAAUAG